AUGACAAAAAUUGCUACAUUAUUUGUAAAUCGCUACAAAUUAAUAUCACAAACUAGUUUACUACAGCUUAGUACUUAUGUUGAAGAGUUAGAUAAUAAGCUUUCAGAUGAGUUGGGAUUAAGUAAGGAGCAAGCUGAUAUUUUUAUUCCUAUUCGAUCUUCUGGAAGACAUGUUAAUGAAAAAGAUCUUAUCAAAAUUAUUGUACAGAAUAUUAUAAAAAAUAAUCUCUCAUCUGAAAAGAUAAAUGGAAUAACAUAUGACUUGGCUUCUUCUGCUUCCACUACUGUUGCUAGAAAUUCUCAGCUUAAUUUAUUACAAAAAGAAUUGCACAAACUUGGGCCUGAUUAUCUCAUCACUGAGUCAACGAAGAUACCCUUUGUUACUGAAGAAGCAAAUCAGAUUCAAGCAAAAAAAUGUAUACUUUGUGGAAUUAAUAGUUAUGAUUGUCCUGAGUUCUUUUAUUUAGAAAAAAUUCAGGAAAGACUUAACAAAUAUGAUAUUACCAAGUCUCCUUUAAUGCAAAAUCUAAUUGAC